GAUAUGAUUCAGGUCUACAUUGUGUACAUGGGGUCACUUCCAACGGGGCAAUACUCUCCAUUGUCUAACCACCUUAGUUUGCUUCAAGAAGUUGUUGAGGGCAGUUCUAUAGAAAAUUGCUUGGUUAGAAGUUACAAAAGGAGUUUCAAUGGAUUUGCUGCCAAGCUCACUGAUCGUGAAAGACAAAAGCUUGCUAAUAGGAAUGAAGUAGUCUCUGUUUUUCCAAGCAAACCUUACCAUCUUCACACAACAAGGUCCUGGGACUUUCUUGGCUUUUCUGAGACAAUCAAAAGGAAUGCCACUGCUGAGAGUGAUGUCAUAGUUGGCGUUAUUGACACUGGAAUCUGGCCUGAAUCAGAGAGCUUCAAUGAUGAAGGAUUCAGUCCUCACCCCUCGAAAUGGAAGGGUGAAUGUAAAGGCGGCAACAAUUUCACUUGCAAUAACAAGAUAAUUGGAGCUCGAUAUUACUCCUCAACAUCAAGUGAUAAUAUGUCUGCAAGGGACCAUGAUGGUCAUGGAACCCAUACUGCCUCAACGGCAGCUGGCAACAAAGUAGAGGGUGCCAGUUUCUAUGGAAUUGCUCAAGGUACUGCAAGAGGAGGGGUUCCCUCAGCGAGGAUUGCAGCAUAUAGAGCCUGCUAUCCAAAUGACUGUCAAGGAGAAAAAAUCUUGGCUGCUUUUGACGAUGCUAUUGCUGAUGGAGUUGACAUCAUUUCCAUUUCAAUAGGACCAUAUAUUGCAGUUGCAAAUUUCAGCCAAGAUGUCAUUGCGAUUGGUGCUUUUCAUGCGAUGGAGAAAGGGAUAUUAACUUCUCAAUCUGCAGGCAACAGUGCUGGUCUAAUAGCUAGUGUGUCAAGUGUAGCUCCAUGGAUAUUUUGUGUAGCAGCAAGCAACAUAGAUCGCCAAAUCAUAGACAAGGUUGUCCUUGGGAACGGAAAGACACUAGAUGGAAUUGGAAUAAAUGGUUUCUCAUUAAAUGGAACUAAAUUUCCUCUGGUUCUUGGCCAAAAUGCUAUGAAGAAUACAUGCUCUACCUCUACCUCAGAAGGAGUUUGCAAUGCAGGUUGCCUAAACAGCAGUUUAGUAAUAGGAAAGAUUGUUGUUUGCGAUGAUCCUGAUGCGGAUUUUGAGGCCAGCAUUGCUGGUGCAGUUGGGUCAAUCUUGAAGAAUGACCCGUUUGAUGAUAUUGCUGAUGUCUUCUCACUACCUACAUCUUCUUUAAGCGUUGACAAAUAUGACAUAGUCGCAUCCUACCUUAAUUCUACAAAAGAGCCUCAAGCAACCAUUCUAAGAAGUGAAGCCAUACAAGUUGGUGAUGCACCAAUAGUUGCUUGGUUUUCUUCACUUGGGCCGAAUUAUGUUGUGCCAGAAAUCUUGAAGCCUGAUAUAACUGCCCCAGGGGUAGAAAUCUUGGCUGCGUACUCAGAAAUUGUUUCACCCUCAUCUAGCUCUCAAGACAUGAGGCGUGCUAAGUACAAUAUAUUAUCCGGAACCUCCAUGGCUUGUCCCCAUGUUUCUGGUGUGGCUGCAUAUGUCAAAACAUUUCAUCCUGAUUGGUCAGCUUCAGCAAUCAAAUCUGCUAUUAUGACUACUGCUUCGCCCAUGAAUGCUACCGAAAUUUUAGCAGCAGAAUUUGCUUAUGGAUCUGGGCAAAUCAAUCCAACAAAAGCUGUUGAUCCAGGACUUGUGUACGAUGCUUCCAAAGAAGACUACAUCAACUUGCUAUGCAGUUUGGGCUAUGAUGAGAAGAACCUUAGACUCAUUUCAGGAGAUAACAGCACUUGCCCCGAAGUUUCCACAAAAACAUUAGCUAGAGAUUUGAAUUAUCCUUCAAUGACGGCCAUGGUCAGUCCAUUGCAGUCUUUCAAUGUUACCUUUCAUAGGACAGUUACAAAUGUAGGCUUUGCAAACUCCACUUACAAGGCCACAACCUUUACAAAUUCUGAAGUGAAAAUAAUUGUUGAGCCUGAAGUGAUAUCCUUCACGUCCUUAAAUGAGAAGUCGUCUUUUGUGGUGCAUGUUACCGGAGGACAAGGAAUUCUGCCAACUAAUUACUCAAAGGCGUCCUCAUCAUUGGUAUGGUCUGAUGGCAGUCAUAGUGUAAGGAGUCCAGUUUUUGUGUAUGCACUGUCGAAUUGAUCAAUGGUGAAAAUGAUGUUGUUUUGAUCCUAAUUAUAUUAUGUAGCGGAAUAUUAACUAGAAGUACUCCAGUUAUGCUAAUUGCCCAAUUAGGUUUUAACAAU